GGCAGGAAGGAAGCGGCGGGGGCGGGCCGGGCUCGGCGGGAGGAACGAUCGGGGUCGGGAGGGACCGAACGGAGCGGAGACGAGAGGAGAGAAGCGGAGGAGCCCCCCAUUGUGCCCCACAUUAUGGGACGGGGCCGCUGACGCCGUCAGCGCCGCGAUGCAGAGCAUCAAAUGCGUGGUGGUGGGCGACGGCGCCGUGGGGAAGACGAGCCUGGUCGUCAGCUACACCACCAACGGGUACCCCAACGAGUACAUCCCCACCGCCUUCGACAACUACAGCGCUCAGAACACGGUGGACGGGCGGACUAUAAACCUCAACCUGUGGGACACGGCCGGUCAGGAGGACUACGACCGCCUGCGCCCACUCUCCUACCCCCAGACCAACGUCUUCAUCAUCUGCUUCUCCAUCGCCAGCCCUCCGUCCUACGAGAACGUCAAGCACAAGUGGUACCCCGAGGUGUGCCACCACUGCCCCAGCGUGCCCGUGCUGCUGGUGGGCACCAAGAAGGACCUGCGCUCCAACCCCGACACCAUGCGCCGCCUGAAGGAGCAGAACCAGGCGCCCAUCAGCACCCAGCAGGGCCUCAGCCUGUGCAGGCAGAUCCGAGCUGUCAAGUACUUGGAGUGCUCGGCGCUGCAGCAGGAGGGCAUUAAGGAGGUGUUCACCGAGGCGGUGCGAGCCGUGCUCAACCCUGCGCCCGCCAAAGCCAAGCGGCCCUGUGUGCUGCUGUAGGGCACAGCGGGGCUGCAGUGCCCGUAUGGACACCACCAUGGCUACAUACCCUCCUCUGGGAUCACACCCCCCAACUCUGG